UCAGUUGUUGUUUACAGGCAAGGUUCCUGGUGGUGUCUGACAAAAUCGCUUGUUUAUUCAUAAAGAAAAACAAUUUAAUAACUAAAAGAAGUGCAAGUGAAGUUUCAAACAUUAAAGAAUCUGAGAAACUAGAAGGGUCUUCAAAAACAUUCCUGUUAAGCCCAAAAAUCUGUAAAAAUGCCAGAACAAGAUCAGGAAAACCAAUCUCCGGAGCAGCAAACGUCAGCUGUGCCUGCCUACAAUCCUGAGGUCCUGCAGGACAUGCUGCCCGUGUACUACAGACGCCUCUUUCCCCACCAGCCCUUCUACCGCUGGCUUUCUUAUGGGUUGACUGAAGAUGGCGUCUUCUGCAAUCGUGAGAUAUCCUUUACGCUUCAGGACGACAUAUACAUUCGUUACCUAUGCUUUGAAAGCCAGGCCGAGUUGGAAAAGGAGAUCUGUUCGAGGAGUCCAGUUAAGAUCGAUAUAGGACCAGUGAUGCACACCAGACCCAAGAACCAUCGUACUGUUCCAGGCGGAUUAACGCCCGUGCAACGUGAGCUGGUCUUUGAUAUUGACAUGACGGAUUACGAUGAUGUGCGCACCUGUUGCUCGGGAGCAGGCGUGUGCCUUAAGUGCUGGAAGUUCAUGGUGCUGGCUGCGAGAAUUUUGGAUGUAGCACUGCGCGAGGAUUUCGGCUUUGAGCACAUUAUCUGGAUUUUCUCUGGACGUCGUGGUAUUCAUUGCUGGGUAUGCGACCACCAAGCUCGUCACUUGGACGGACGUGGUCGCUUUGCCGUGGCGGAGUACCUGAACAUCAUUUCUUAUGUCAACUUCUCGGGCAGCAAUUCACCCAGGUGUCCAAUGGGAGAUCGCCCGCAUCAUAGUUUAAAGCGAGCCCUGAAGAUAGCAGAGCCCAUGUUUGAGGAGAUUAUACUGGAGGAUCAGAAUUUGUUUGGUACGCCCAAGGGAGUUAGCAAACUCUUAAACAUGGUCCACGAUGAUGCGGCCCGAGGCGAUCUGGAAUCGUAUCUGCAAAAGAAUGUAGAGGACGGAGCACACUCGCGACUCGUGUGGGAGAGCUUUAUCAAGUAUGCCAAUUCCAUGAGAACGUCCACGGCAAACGCCUGGAGUCGGAAGCUCAAGAACAUAGUGCAAGAAGUCCAGUUGGGACUGCUCUAUCCACGUUUGGACAUCAACGUCACCAGGGGAUUCAACCAUUUGCUGAAGGCCCCAUUCUGCAUUCAUCCGGCAACGGGAAAGGUUUGUGUGCCAUUCAGUGUGAGCGCUGUGGCCAAGUUCGAUCCCACCACAGUGCCCACGAUCACCCAGCUGCUCCACGAGAUCAACGCUUUCGAUGACAAGAGCAAGAGCUACAUGGAGGCGCCGGAAGACAAGAGCCGGAUCAAGGACCACAAGAAGACCAGCAUGUUCAAGGGCGUUGUGGUUUUUGAGGAAUUUCUGCGUAAACUGGAGCGUAGCCAUAAAGCUGCCACUUUGCAGUUUUAAACAUAACUAAGAUAAAAUUAAACAUGGUAUUUAAACUUU